AUACGAUCUCCACCACAAGUCUCUUAGACUUGAUGGAGCUAUUACUGAACCACCACUCAGUAGUGUGAGUAUCUGUCGCGAUGCCCUCCUACUUCUACCACCUCGCCAUUGAACUGUUUGCCCGCCCCCACAACGACCUCCGAAGCUCCUCUCCAGGCCGAUCCCCAACAUCGCUAUCCUUCGACUCCGCAUGCGAAGCUCUCCUCCCCUUCCACAAGCGACCGACCUCACACCGCAAUAAUCCCCGCGACCUGAGGACCACCUCCACCAGCAGCGGAACCCCACGCCCAUCCACCUCCGACGCUCGCCCCUCAGACACUACGCACCCCGCCACGACCCCACCACACCCCUACACAACCUCACAGACAAGCACCCCCGCGUUCGAAAAAGACCUCCGCCUCGAUAAAGUCUCCAUCGCGUGCAUCGACAUGAUUCCCCUAGACCAGGACCUCGGCGGCUCGCGCCGCGCAGCCUCCACCCGGCGCGUCGACGACAACCCCGUCGCGACGGGCAUCGGAACAGACAUCCUCGGCGGCCUGCGCACAAAAGGAAAAUACAUCCCGCUGGACCAGUCCGUCUCGGAAAGCGUCUGGGGUAUCGUCCACCUCUACCGCGAUCUCCAGGACACGCCCUCCCUCACGGAAGAUGCCGACUACCCCCCGGACUUGAAGGGCUCUGCUGCCGCGAGACAGCCGCAUGAUGAGCUGGGCGGGGAUGGUCGUCGGGGAGAGCACAGGCAGCUGCGGCUGCGGCAGUCUUCUUCGUCGUCGGCUGUUGUGUCGUCGUCGAGGGGGCGUCUGGAUGAGGAGGACUGCACGACGCUGUGUAUACUUGCUGUGCCGUCUUAUAUGUCGCCGUCGGACUUUUUGGGGUUUGUGGGGGAGGCUACCAUGGAUGAUGUUAGUCAUUUUCGCAUGAUUCGCACGGCGAGGGCCAAUCGGUAUAUGGUUUUGAUGAAGUUUCGGAGUGGGAGGAAGGCGAGGGAUUGGCAGAGGGAGUGGAAUGGGAAGGUGUUUAAUAGUAUGGAGCCUGAAACGUGCCAUGUGGUCUUUGUGAAAACGGUGGAAAUCCAAGCGGUCGACUUGGAAAUGCAGACGCCGGCGACCAGCCCUCAGCGGACCCUGUCCUCAGCCAGCCAGACCAGCCCCAUCCCCUCCGCUUCACUCUCCACCAGACCGCUGGCCCCUCCUACACCAGCCCUCGUCGAGCUCCCGACAUGCCCAGUCUGCCUAGAGCGCAUGGACGAAACCACCGGCCUCCUGACCAUCAUCUGCCAGCACGUCUUCCACUGCACCUGUCUCCAAAAGUGGAAAGGCAGCGGCUGCCCCGUCUGCCGCUACACGCAAGACGACAUCCGCCACACACUCCCAAGCGCGUUCUCCGAAGACGACCCCGCCCAGUGCAACGUCUGCCACUCGGAGCUCAACCUCUGGGUAUGCCUCAUCUGCGGCGCCGUCGGCUGCGGGCGGUACGACGGCGCGCACGCCUUCGCGCACUUCCAAGAAACAUCGCACGCCUUCGCCAUGGACCUCUCCACCCAGCGCGUCUGGGACUACAUCGGCGACGCCUACGUGCACCGCAUCAUCCAGAGCAAAACCGACGGCAAGCUCGUCGAGCUCCCCGCAGCAGACAACAGCGCCCUCGAUCCCCCCGACUGGACGGACGCCGUGCCCCGCGAGAAACUCGAAAACAUGAGCGUCGAAUACACCCACCUCCUCACCAGCCAGCUCGAGAGCCAGCGCGCCUACUUCGAGGAAGUCGUCCAGCGCGCCGUCGACAAAGCCUCGCAGGCUUCCGUCGCUGCAUCCACCGCCCAAGACGCAGCCACUACCGCAACCAAAACCCUACAGACCCUCCAAGCGCAGUACGACAAGCUCGCAUCAGAGACCCUCCCGGCCCUCGAGCGCGAUAAAUCCCGCGCGGAGAAACGCGCCGAGAAGUUCGAGGCGAUGGCGCGGAAGAUGGAGAAGGAGUGGCGCGAGGAGAAGACCAUGAACGAGAGCCUGAUGGGCCGGAUCGAACACCUCACUGCGGAAGUCGACACACUGAAGGUGUCUAAUGUGGAUCUGGCGGACCAGAACCGCGACCUUACGUUCUUUAUCAGUGGGUCUGAGCGGUUGAAGGAUCAGAGUGAUGAUGUUGUGCAGGGGACGGUCAGUGUGCCUGAGCCGGAGAGCAAGGGGAAGAAGAAGGGGAAGGGGAGGAAGAAGUAGCUUGUUUGAAUCAUCCUUGAUGAGUGCUUUAGGACUGGUGUGCUAUGCAUGCUAUCCUGACUAUCUGCUAGACACGCUAGGCUUGGAUGUCUCGUUGGCGACGCUGAACACUUUCUGUGGGGUUCGUCUGCUCUUGGAGAUAGGCGCCGUGUAGUGCAUGCACUGCAUCUAGUCUAGCAGGUACACUGCACUACACUAACGGCUAUGUAAUGAGUUUGAUAUGAUGGCAAUAUAAAUAUGUAUUUUUUGUAACUAGUGAAU